AAGCACUCAAGCUCUGAAUUUUCAGUCUGGCUUGCACAUGCUGUCAGAAGCUAGUGGGAGACAGUUUUCUUUUUAAUGCAGAAAAGAGGACAAGCUUUUACUGGUCUGUAGACUGAGUUAUUUGGGAAGAAAAUGAAGAGCAGUGCCAGGCCUUGGAGUGCAAUGGCAAAGCAAGGGAGCCAUGGGAUUGACAGAGGAAAAUCUCUUUGCACCACCUCAACAGGAAUGAAGACAUCCAAGUCCUCCACUUCCCUGGCCUUUGAAUCUCGGCUCAGCAAGCUGAAGCGGGCGAGCAGCGAGGACACGCUCACGAAGCCCGGGGCAGCAGCAGCUUCUGGAGUCUUGAGGCUGAAGAAGACCAUCACAACAGGAGCCAUUUCUGAGCUUGCAGAGAGUCGACUGAAGCCCUGCACAGGCACAGUUUCGGCUGCAAAGCGCACAGGGAUCCCAGCACCCCGGGAAAUCUCAUCCUCUGUCUCCAGGGAGAGAGCUGUGCUGCGUGGUCAAGCCAAUGCCAGGAAAACACAACCCAGCCCCACCUCUUCUGGUGCACCAACUCCUACCAAACACGUGCGCCCCACCAGCAAGUCCAAGCAAGAGAGUGAAAGUGGUGACAAGGCUGUUCUGGAAUCUCAGGUUAAAGAGCUCCUGGCAGAAGCAAAGACAAAAGAUUCUGAAAUUACCAAACUUCGCUGUGAGUUGAAGAAAUGCAAAGAGAAAGGGUCCCUUAAUGCUGAAGGAAUGGGUGCUUCCAGCCAAAAUUUAGAAACAGUAUCACCUGCUGACAUAGAUCCAUUGAUACGGUCUCUUCAGGAGAAAAACAGGACUUUCCAAAAAGAGCUUGCUAGCCUGGGAGAAGAAAACCGCGUCCUAAAAGAGAAAUUGCUUUAUCUGGAGAACUCCCCUCUGUCAGACACAACAACAAGCAGUGGAGGUGACAGCAGCCUCCCAACCCCAACUACCCAGGAGUCCAGUUUUGGAAGCCCAUCCAAAAAUGCAUCGAGAGGUGAAGUGGAGGAGCGCAGGCAGCACGUGAACGGGGGUGCCCUGCGCAAUUCUGGUUCUUCCAGCAGUGAUGUAACUAAAGCUUCCCUGUCCCCUGAUGCAUCUGAUUUUGAGCACAUAGCAGAUGUACCUUCCAGGCCAACAUCUGCCAACAGCAACCACUUCAAAGGUUCCAAAUGCUCCACUGCAGGAAGUUCUCCAAACAAUAUUAGCGACCUCUCUGUUGCUUCCCUUACAGAGAGAAUACAAAAAAUGGAGGAGAAUCACCACAGCACAGCAGAAGAAUUACAAGCCACUUUGCAGGAGCUGUCGGAUCAACAGCAAAUGGUGCAGGAGCUGACAACAGAAAAUGAGAAGUUAGUGGAAGAGAAGGCUCUCCUGGAGACUUCCUUCCGUCAGCACAGAGACAGAGCAGAACAGCUGAGCCAGGAGAACGAGAAGCUGAUGACUCUCCUCCAAGAGCGAUCCAAGAAUGAAGAAAGCAGAGCUCAGGAGGGGAAGGUCCUCGAACUGGAACAGAAAUGUGCAGAAGUUCUUGAAAAAGCACAAUUUGAAAGAGAGAAACUGCUCAACAUUCAGCAGCAGUUAACCAGCAGCCUGCGAAGCCUGGAAAGGGAACAUCAGGAUGCCCAACAGGUGAUUAAAAGCCUGAGAGAAGAAAACGAGAAGCUGCUUAAACUUCUAGAGGUGGAACAGCAGAGCAACAGCACAGCGACAAAAAGUCUGGAGGACUGUAAAAUUGCCUUGGAAGGUCUGAAAAUUGAGAAUGGCUCUCUCAAAACUCAGCUGGAGAAUGAGAAACAAAAGGCUGCAGAAAUCAACGUGAUGGGCUGUGCCCCUGAUGACUCAGAGGUGCAGGAGAUGCUCAAAGUGGCCCACGCAGAAAAGGCUCAGUUAGAAGCCUCUUGCACUGAGCUUAAACAAGAGCUGCUGAAGGCAAACAGUGAACUAAAGCACAUUCAGGGUCUGCUGUCUAAGGCUGAGAAUGAGUAUGGUCAGCUGAAGGAGGUGUGUGACCGGCAGGCUGAGCAACUGAGCAGAACCAGCCAGAAGCUGCAGGAAAAAACAUCAGAGAAUGAAGCAGAUAUAAAAAACCUGAAGGAGACCAUUUUCGAGUUGGAAGACCAGGUGGAACAACAUCGUGCUAUAAAACUUCACAAUAACCAGCUCAUCAGUGACUUAGAAAGUAAAGCAAUGAAGCUGGAAGAACAAAAACAGGAUACAGAGAGGCAGCUGAAGGCUCUGACUAAGCAAAUGAAGGAAGAUGCAGAGGAGUGGAGGCGUUUCCAGGCUGACCUGCAGACUGCAGUGGUUGUGGCCAACGACAUUAAGUGUGAAGCUCAGCAGGAGCUCCGUGUGGUGAAGAGGAAGCUGCAGGAGGAAGAGGAGAAGAGUGCCAGGCUGCAAAAGGAGCUGGAUGAAGUGAAGGGCAGCAACAGGCUGACAGCUGAAGAGGUGGAAUCUCUGGAGUCAGAGACAGCCAACCGCUGGCAAGGAGUCUGCCUUAGCAGAGCAUCUCCCACCCCGCCAGAGUCUGCAGCCACUGUGAAGUCACUGAUAAAGUCAUUUGACUUGGGAUGCUCAGGUAGCACUGGACAAAAUAUCACAGUUCACAAGGUCCCCAGGAGCCCUCUCAGUGGAAUUCCAGUGAGGACAGCCCCAGCAGCUGCUGUGUCCCCAAUGCAGAGACAUUCUGUAUAUAACAAUGCCAAGCCAGCCAGCAAGGGCAUUGCCAGACACGCAGAUCUGUCAGACCUUCCUCUUGCAGACCUUCUGAAGGGGAGGAAUGAAGAGCUGAAGCCAGACCAUUACCUCCGCAAAAGCCCCUCCCUGGAAUCCCUGAGCAAACCCCCCAUGGCCUUCAGCAGCAGGAUGCUUACCUCUACCCCCAGCAGCUUGAAACCCCAAAGCAAACUCAGUGUGGAGAGAAAGGACCCCCUGGCAGCCCUGGCUCGGGAAUAUGGGGGUUCCAAGAGGAAUGCUUUGUUGAAAUGGUGCCAAAAGAAGACUGAAGGUUACCAGAAUAUUGAUAUUACCAACUUCAGCAGCAGCUGGAGCGAUGGGCUGGCCUUCUGUGCUCUCCUGCACACCUAUUUGCCUGCACAUAUUCCUUACCAGGAGCUCAACAGCCAGGACAAGAAGAGAAAUCUGCUGUUAGCAUUUCAAGCUGCUGAAAGUGUGGGCAUCAAACCCAGUCUGGAGCUCAGCGAGAUGAUGUACACGGACCGGCCGGACUGGCAGAGUGUGAUGCAGUACGUCGCCCAGAUUUACAAGUACUUCGAGACCUGAGGUGCAGAGCAAGAGCUGGACAGAAGUGGGGAAGAGAACAAAGAAUGCUACAGAUGCACUCGAUCACUUUAAAAACCCGCUUGCUCCUCUUCCACAACCAACUGAAGCUCUUAGUUGGAAAGAAAGCUCUUCCGUAACUUUGAUUACAUCUGGGACUGCAACCAAAUAAAUACCUGUUGUCCAUCUUUACAAGCCAAAUUCAUCUGUAAUUUUAUUCCCACGUGGAAAUCACAGAGCAUUUCCGAGCACACGUGGGAUAUUCCUGGAGAUUCCCUUGGGCUAACAAUGUUUGCCUCGACAGGAGACCUGCUACAGAAUGAAGUUCUAAGUCAAUGUGUACUAUGCUGGCACUCAAGGGAGGCUGGGAGAUUAAUAUUAAUAUUAAUACAAAAGCUCACAGAAAUGCUCUUCUUGCCAAAACAUGCUUAACUCAUCCCAAAUACAUGUUGUUUUCUUGCCUCUAUGUAUUUUCUAGAAGACCAUGACAGAUGCACUAAGUGUGUAGAACCUUAGCCUGAGUUACUCACACACCUCACCCAGUAACUGCACUAGUUUGCUCCUCACAGCGUAAUCAGCAGGACAAUAACAAGACCAUUUGUGACCCUCUGUUCCAUCACCAGUUAGUGAAAGAACUCUAGAAGAUCCUGUUAGGUGCUGGGACUUCAUUUCAGCUCAAACAGAAGUAAUCUCUUUGAGGAAAAAUAGAUUUACUACUACAACUUUGUUACUUGGUUACUCUUGGAAGCCAGAGCUCGGUUUCCCAGCCGACUGUGCAGGCACAGUUAUCACAGGAACGUUGCAAAUGCAAUUUAAUAGCUUUAGUCUGGAAGGUGCCAGUAAUCAGGUGAUGACUCUGAGCAAUACAGUGACAUCUCAGUAGUUCAUAUUUUAUGUGGAUUGAGUGCAGUAACUUCUUUUUUUCUGUGUUGCUCCUGUCUAGUCAGCACAGAUAUGUAAUUGCUGCAUAGAGACAUGAAUCUAGAGACAGCCUGUGCCCUGUCCAAUAAAAUACAGUCCACAGGGCACUGUUACAUGCUUGGAAGUGAUGUUACCCUGUAAAUGAACACAGUGAUAUAUUAGUACCAAUGGAAGUUGCAUCUUCACUCCACAAAUUACAAAGAAUGUAACUGGAACCCGUCUCUGUGUCACGGACACAAGGCGCCAGCGAGCAGCUUUCCACCUCAGUAAUGCUGUUAGCAAAAGGUCUGAAAGAUGCUGUUCAUUUCCAUUAUACUGUUUCUCUUAUUUCACCUCAUGAAGUUAAUUUUUUCUCUUUGUCUCCAAGGGUGGCAGGAUCAGACAGGCCACUUGAUUUGUUCCUGGAGCAGGUCUGGGAGAGCAUCCAUGUGCAGGAUCUGGUAGAAGGCUGCCUGGCUGCUCCAGGUUAUGCUGGUAGGAGAAAGUUGGUGUUUAGUUACUGUGUUUAAGGCUGUGACCAGACCUGGUGGUUUGUGAACAUUAGUCUUAGGGAGCUAGGGAUUGUUUCUCUCUUACAAAAAAUACUGGUACUCACUGCUCAUAACUCCUGGAAAAAGGCUCAUUAAACAGAAACAAGAUUUCACA